GCCUGCUAUAUCCUCAAUCACUAUUAAGAAGCGCCAUCUAUUUCCUCUUCCGUGAUUUCGUCAUAGCUGUCGAAAAUGGCGAUGAUUUCAGAGGGUCACGAAUAUUCUUCUCCUUCAAAACGAAUUAAACUCGAUCAGACUCAACAUCUAUCAAAUUCAAAUGUGGAAUUGGAUUUCGGAGCAUUUUCUGCACCCCUGAAGAAUGUUCACGAAGUCAUCCAAGGGGAAUACACACUAAAUGCAGAGGUGCUGAACAAUGGUGACUCCGGAUUCAGUGAAAUGGCACCUGAUGAGAGCACUAGCCAAGCAGAAACCUCAGUGACAGCAGUAUCCACACACAGCAGUAAGAAGUCUGAUGAUGGAGGGACUGCAAAUAGCACAAGGGAAGACGACAGAGAUGAAGUAUCGUCAACUGUUAGUUACCUUUCUGAUAUAAGUGGCUUGUCUGAACUGAGUGGACAGGAAUGGAAACCAAUGGCAGGACCGGUGAGUUGGGUACAGCGACAGAUGAUAAUAGGUGUAAAUCCUAGGAGCUUGCUUAAUCAACUGGUGACAGAUGGAACACAGAUUCCUCAGCAAAUAGACGACUUAACCCUCUGGAAGAUUAUUAUGAACAUGAUGAGUGAGCCACCUCGUCGGCAGAAACUGAAUCAUGUGAACACUUUAGUUGAUGUUGUUCGAUUGCUUAAAGGAGCAAAGAAAAUUAUUGUUCUCACUGGGGCAGGGGUGUCUGUAUCAUGUGGUAUUCCAGACUUCAGAAGUCGGGAUGGUAUCUAUUCAAGACUGGCUAUAGACUUUCCUGAUCUUCCUGAUCCACAGGCCAUGUUUGAUAUACAAUAUUUCAGCCAAGAUCCAAGGCCUUUCUUCAAGUUUGCCCGUGAAAUCUAUCCAGGACAGUUUAAACCUUCUCCUUGUCACAGAUUCAUAAAAAUGCUGGAAAAACAUAAAAAAUUGCUGAGAAAUUAUUCUCAAAAUAUUGAUACGCUGGAACAAGUUGCUGGAAUUCAAAAUGUCAUAGAAUGUCAUGGUUCAUUUGCAACGGCCUCUUGCACACGAUGCAAGCAUAAAGUUACAGCAGAUGCAAUUCGAGAAGAUAUCUUUGCCCAGAGGAUCCCCCGGUGCCCACGUUGUCCGAAAGUUGCAUUGCCUCCUCUUAAUGAUGCAGAAAAUAAAUAUGAAAGCUAUAAGGAUCUUGUGUCUCGAGGAAUAAUGAAGCCAGACAUAGUUUUUUUUGGUGAGGGGCUGCCAGAAAUAUUUCAUGAAUCUAUGGCAAAGGACAAGGAUGAAUGUGAUCUUCUAAUUGUAAUUGGUUCAUCAUUGAAGGUUCGACCAGUUGCACUCAUUCCAAGUUCAAUACCACCAGAUGUACCACAGAUACUUAUCAACCGAGAACCACUGCCGCAUUUCAACUUUGAUGUGGAAUUAUUGGGAGACAGUGAUGUCAUCAUCAACCAGAUUUGUCACAUGAUGGGUGAUGAAUGGACUGAGGUCUGCUGGCAACCCAAUCCACUGACCGAAGCAAGUCAUCUAGUCACUCACAUAGGGCGACACCAUAACAGUUUGGAAGACACAUCGUGGGAGGACCACAACAGUGAUCCAUGUGCAACAGACUGCAGUAGAGACAGUCUCAAUGUUCAACCAUCCUUCCAGAUGUCAGCAGAUUGCAGUAGCCAGGACAGUCUUGUGAGUGGCAGACAUGACAACCAGUGCUCAUCUUCUAAUCGCAACUCCACAGACAGCAGUUGUAGCCCAUUUAAGGUUGGUGAGCGGAUGUUGAACAUUGAAAGCAGCGAGGCAGAUUCCUUGCAGAUGUCCAUAGACAGUGGCAUGGGAAUGUCUGCAGCAGACAGCAGCUGCAGUGCAUUCAAAGAGCGGCACAUGUCUGUUGAUUCCUCCACUCAUGAUAGUGGAGUUGGAUUUUCUGCUGACAGCCCAACCGACGUUGGUAGUGCCAAUCUUCAUAUGUUGGUGGAUUCCACAAGAGAUUACAGGAAUGGUGGAAACACUUCUUCAUCAAGCAAUUUCAACAACCCAUCUAGCAGCAGCAGUGACGUGUGUGUUCACUCAACUAAGGACUGUGAUCUAGGUACGUUAUCUGCUGACAGUAGCACUGCUAUCAGAGAAUCUGUUAUAUUAGUAGAGUCGUCAGGAUUGCCUGCUGAUCCAGUUACAAGGGGCAAACCUUCCAGCAUGGUGGUGGACUCAACAACAGAUAGUAACACUAGUAAGAACACAGGUGUGUCAUCAACAGAGAGUAGGUGCAGUUUGGUGCAUCGACAUGUGUCAGUGGAUUCAAUGCGAGACAGUGGAAUUGGUGAUGGGAGCAACAGUGUUGACAGCAGUAGUGGAGUCGUUACCAAAGAACGUCGCAUGUCUGUGGACUCCAGUGAAGACCAACCGAAAUCAGAAGGUGAUUUAGAGGAGCUCAGAACAUGCUGGCAGCCAAAGAUAAGAGAGAGUCUUGCUGCCAGACUCCAAGAGAACACCUACUUCCUUCUCACCCCAAACCGCUACAUCUUCCCUGGAGCUGAAGUGUACUAUGAUCCUGAUGAAGAACAGUCAUCCUGUAGCAGCAGUAGCAGUAGUAGCAGCAGCUGCAGUAAUUCAAGUGAUUCUGCCAACAACUCUUCAGCAGAAGAAAGUGACAAUGAAGAUGCGGAAGAUGGUGAAUAUUGGGAUGACAUAGCUUCUGCAGUUCCAAACAAACCAGUCAAUGGCAGAUGCCCUUGAUGUUAACAUUGCACACAAUAGCAAUCCAAAAUUAUUGUUAAUUAAUGACAACAGAUCCAUAAGUGGCAUUGUUAUUCAUACUGAUGCACUUUAGUGAGAAAGUUCUAAAUCAGUUAAUGGAUAUGUCUCCAUUAUAGAGAAUGUCAUGAAUACAGUGAUGUAGGGAAUACAUGUAGCUUUUUCCACCAAAUUUUGUGUAAGUACUUGUUUGUAGUGUUAAUUUGCUGAUGAAAUAUGCAUUAAUAAAUAGUUUCUGACGUGUUAGCUGUGUGAUUUGUCCAUAACAUGGUAUGGUGAAACUGCUACAUGUGAUUACUCCUCUUUUUUUUUUUUUUGCCUGGUAAUCAACCCAGUCUGCAUUAGAGCUCUCAGACAUCAAGCUUUCUUACCAUAGUAAUAUGAGAACACAGUAGUUGAAGCUAACGAAGUCUGUUGAAGAAUGAUUGAAUUAUCUGUGGUGUUGAAGCCUCUGUCGGUGCCGGAGAUGCAAGAAAAAGAGUUACAGUACAUUUUAGAUAGGAUUUUUUUGUCAUAGUUUCUAUAAAGCAAGGCAGUUCCCCCCAUUUUUUCCAUACAACAUUGGUUUCAAAAUAUUAGAAACAAGUGAAAUUAUUAUCUCUACAUUUCUGUCACAAGCGGUAGGGGUCAUACUUGAAACCACCAGCAGGGAGUAUAAAAGAUAGUGUUCUGAGGAUUUCAGUGUAGUAUUUGAUUGAUAGCCUGGAGUUUCAUUUAAUUAAUGACAGUAUCAUAAAUCUAAGGCAUGUGUGGUACAUCUGUCUACACUGAUGGGGUAACUGGAAUCUCUGGCAAUAAUCAGAAAUAGUGCCAAAUUAUAAUUCACAUAAAGUGUAGGGUUUGGUACUUUCCAUGCCAGUUUUGUUAUUGAUAUUGGAAUGUGUGUUUGAAUUAGUGUUCCCAGAACAUAAACUCUGGCCUAAUGUAAAAGCAGUAGCACAUAUCAAGUAAUUUCUCCCUGCCAUGCUUUAUUGUAUUUAUUUGCUACUGCACACUGAGUUGCUUUUGAUGAAUGACAGUGUAACUUUAUUAUGAGCACAGGAAUAUGUACAAAAAUAAAUGCAGGGCUUGUUCAUUCUUAUGUAAACAUAAAAUACUAAAGAAAAAUUAAAAAAAAAACAUGAUUUGCAGGUUAUAUAUAGUGUAAAGUGUGUACAGUGUAUCCACAAAGUCCUGUCAGGUUUUUGAAAAAUUGUGGCAUGCAAACAAAUUGAGCUAGCCACAUGCGGUUUGCGGCACAUCAUAGUGAAACUCUGGGAGUGUUUUACUGACCUCAGUAGAACUCGAUGUAUGCUCCUGUGGUAGCACGGAGAACGUCCAGAUGAUAUUUGAGCUCUUGCCAUGUCCGCUGAAAUAGCCGAGAUUGCAUUCCUAAUACAGGUCUUCAGGUCAGCAAGUCCAUUAACUGGUGUUUGGAACACAUUGCUCUUCACAUAACCCCACAGGAAGAAAUCCAGUGGUGCUAUGUCUGGUGAAUGUGGAGGCCAAGGCAUUGGACUCUGCAGAUCCAUCUUCCUGGAAAUGUUCUGUCUAGGAACGCGGAUUUUUUCCUGUUGGGUUAGGUGAAGAGCAGUGUGUUCCGAACACCAGUUAAUGGACUUGAUGACUGGAAGACCUGUAUCAGGAAUGCGAUCUCGGCUAUUCCAGUGGACAUGCUCCACAGAACAUGGCAAGAGCUCAAAUAUCGUCUGGACGUUCUCCAUGCUACCAAGAAAGUACACAUUGAGGUCUACUGAGGUCAGUAAAAAACUUCGAGAGUUUCACUAUCAUCUGCUACAAACCGCAUGUGGCUAUCUCAGUUUGUUUGCGCGCCACAAUUUUGCAAAACCCUGACAGGACUUCGUGGACACACUGUACGUAUAUUGCAUUGGGUUGUGUGGAAAUAAGACUUGUGCAGAGAUUAUUAAGCUAUUAUUUUUUAAGAAGUUUCUCUUCAUUUAAGUAUGAUUGGUCUGUGCAUGAGUGGGAAGAUCUGUAGUUACAUGAACGAAGUACACAUAAUCAUUAUAUAAUAGGAAACAGAUGUGUAAAGUGUGCCUUGUUUCUUUCUGUUGUUGCCUUUUUUAGUUGUGAAGAAUAAUAAUUUUGACUCCUAUUUCAUAUGUGAUGCUUCUUAUUUCUCUUAUGGCUGAACGUUUUUGCAUUAAUCUUUCAUUCGAUUAUGGUCAAUUAUUUAUUGAUCUCACAUUUUUAUCACCAGGAUGAGUGAGCGAUGGUGACAUUCAGUCAUAAUAUUCCAAAUGAUAUAAUGCAAGUUUUGUACUUGUCUGAGUGACGUGAUUGAAAGAGAAGAAUGAAUAGGCUAUCAUUUUACUUGCAAUGUUCCUGAACCCAACCAUAUAUCAUAUUAUAACCCUUGUUAAUUGCUGUCUUGGUCCAUUAAGAAUGGAACUAUGUGUUUAUUUUGUGGUACAUUCAAAAUGGGACAGUGUUUUGCAGUGGUACUGUGACUGAAAGAAAGUACAUUUGGUUCUGGAGAAGAGAUUAUUUUCAUAGGGCACUUCAUCCAUUGGGCAACCAACAUAAAGGCUGCUGAAAUAUACCUGAUGAGGGUUGGAAUCAAUGUCCUGAUUGCCUUGCCAGGUCCCUAGCAGUGUUUGAGUGUCAUUAACAAUUCUGAAUAGGAGAAAGGCUGCUGAAAUAACGACAGUUCUCAUAAUGAGAUACUGUAACCUUCAGCUUUUGAGUUUUGCUAUGAUUUAGAAACAAUGAGCUGUCAUAUGUAAACAAAUGUAAAUAAGUCUACAUAAGUUGUAAGCCUAACCUGCUGUUUGAAGGUAUAGUAUUUAUUUGUAGCCUGACACAUGACAGAUCAUACUGAAAGUAGUUUUAUUCCUUAUCCUUUAAACACUGGAACUUCAUGAAAAUAUCUGUUUGGCAGAUUUGUUUGUUUAGCCAGGCUCAUGGUGGACUGCUUUACAUUAACAAAACUAAAAAGUAAAACGUAUACAAGUGUAACCCUUUGUCAUGGGAUUUAAACGCAACUAUAACCUGACAGGAUCACUUUAAAGCAGUUACACUGUAUAUGUUGCAUGUUAAGCAAAAGAGGGGCAUCUAAUUAUACUGCAUUGUAAUAAGACAUUAAUCUCUUGUGGAGGAUAUGUUGGGCUGGGGGGCAGAACACUUAUGCUCUUGUUCUAAACAUGUUGGAUUUCUGACGAGGGAAGAUAUAAUGGAGAAGUUUGGCAUGCAUCCCCUAUAUACAUGAUAAUAUGCCCCCUGUAUUUCUCAGAGUCCUCUCCAAGCUGUCAUUAUCGCCUUACUACACUUCAGAAUAAUCUGAGGCCUGCCCUGUGGUUCUACUUCAAACGUUUUCACCGACCAUGUGGACAAGGACUAAGAAGGUCAAAAAGUUUGUAACUGAAGGUAUUUUAAAGAAAACUAAUCUAGUAUGUAUAAUAUGAAUCUGUGAUGAAGAUAAAAGCUGGUAGCAUCAUAUGUUAUUUUAUCCUCCAAACACUUGAAAGUUGAAUUCUAAAUAAAAGAUUAUUGGAUGAACUGGAUGAUUGGAAUCAUAACAGAACUUGCUUUAUUGCCUCAUUGAAUUGUUGUCAGAAGCUUUGGUAUAAUUUGGAUUUAACUACAUGUGGAUACAGUACAAUGGCGGGACUUUGCGGUUGUCUGAGGAAGAGUAACUUCAUUUUAAAAAUUGUUAUUGUGCAAAUGAAUAAAGCUGGAAGGAUUGGGUAAAUUGAAAAAAAAAUCUGCCACAUUGGGGUUUGAACCCACCACCUUCCAGCUUGUAGCAUAAUGCCUCAACCAACUAUGUUACCACAUGCCCUGCAAUUUCACCAUAUGAAAGAAAAAAUCUGAACCUUUUUAUUUUGCUAUAUGUUGUACCAAUCAUGUGUGGAUAUAUGCACACGGCAAACUGAAUGUCAUCAGUCAGUUCACAAAGAAUGGAAUGCAACCAGCAGACGGUUGUGUGUGUAUAUUGUGGAUGGAAGACACAAAACAUACAGAAGUUCAAAGGAAGUUCAGAGAAACUUGUGAUGAAACCCCUGCUUCUUGUGAAGGCAUUCUGCAGUGGGUGGAACCCUCUGGAGCAACCAGUAGCAUGAAGAAAUGGAAGAGCUUCGUGCCACCAUCAGUGUUACCAUGAGUGGAAGCUUACCAUAUGACAUGUAAACAUAAAGAGGAGGCCUACAUAUUAAUUUUCAGACCCAGUGUGUUACUGUGAUUUAUUGAGGAACUGAAGCAUAUACCAGUGCUGUUUCUUUUGUAAUAUUAUUUUACUGAUUGUUACACACUAUAUUCACUGGUUUCAUAGCAAACAUAGGAUUUUUAUAAAGGUUUCAAAUUUCAGAUAUCCAAAUUUGGCAUGUUAUAUAAUUGAGUUAAAUUCAUUUGUAAUGCCGAUUGGUUAUGCUGAGUGCUGAAACUGACUAUGGACAUACACCUGAAGCAAAUUUUGAUAAUAAUACAAGAAGUUUAGUGUUUUGUAUCAGACUUGUGCUACAGAAUUCAAGAGCAUCAGGUAUUAUGUUUUAUCAAGUGUACAUCUUAAAUUCUUUGUUUCAAGUCAUUUUCUCUGGUUUCCCCAUCUCAAACUUCAACAGAUUUUUCUAUGAACAUGUUUUCUUCCACUGAAUUAUGUAAGAACAUGAUAAAGUCAUUUCUGAAGCUGAAUUUCAAAUUUCCUAAAAUACUUCCAGAUGUAUAACAACUUCUACUGACAAAGAUUGCCAAUGCCUGAAAGUUUUCAAACAUAACUUCAGAUAUUCACCCUAUCACAGUCUUUGUCACUUUUAAAGAAAUACAAAUAAGGUUGAUACAAAGUGUGUAGGUGUAAAUGGUAGUUAUGAUCUAACAUUGUACCAUAUCGCACAUGCUCCUAGUGGCAAUAGUUCAUCAGUUAUUGCUCAAAAAUGGAAGAGUGAAUAAAAAUGUUGUAUUUCUUAUUUAUAUUGUCCACAAAAAAUACCUCAAAGUUCUGUCAUCAUACAAAAUUUCAUGUCGUCUUCUGGGAUGUGAUGCCAUGUAGUUUGAUAGAUUGAUACUACUUCAGAGGAGCCUGCUUUCUCCUUCAAGGUAGUAGAAAAGUAGAGGCAUACCUUGGAAAUAUUGUAGUUCGGUUCCAGAUUACCACAAUAAAGCAAGUCACGUGAAUUUUUUGGUUUCCCCGUGCAUAUAACAUUUGUGUUUACACCAUACUGUAAACUGUUAAGUGUGCAAUAGCAUUAUAUCUAAAAAAAA